CACCACUUCCCUCACCACAUCCUCCUUGUUGCUUCCUCCCAACUCUCGUUGCCGUUGUGUCAGCCAUAAAUGCUUCCCUCACGUCUUCACCUUGUGUCUCCACGCGCAGGACAUACUAAUUCGGGAACAGGAACCUUAGUACCGUCCUCUCGUCAUCGCGAGCAAGGGGUCAAAUUGGCAGAUAGCUUCGAACGAGACACACGGGCUGUUCGUGAGCUUACGCGGGGGUUCUUCAUCGUCCCGGGGAUUGUCUGGCUUGCUGCAGAAUGCUGCGGCUACAAGGGCAGAGAUGGAGGAAAAGGAGGGCUUGAAAUUCACGAGAGAUCGGACCUUGGGGGAGAGGCCGUUGUGCACCCGAUCUUCGAGAUGCUACGCAAGAGUUGUUGUCCAUGGGGGGGAAUCAUUCGGGAAAUCCGCACAUGCUUCCGUUGACCCUACCCCUAUGAAAUUCUUCAAAUCCUUGUUUCAAACCAUCCCCCGAGCGGAGACUUUAACCUUCGCCUUGGCGUAGGUCAUUGAUGUCCUGCAGACUAGGGUCGGCUACCAGAAGAGUUUGGUUGAAGGUGUAAGCUAGUGAUGAUAUGGAACGCAGCAGUAGUAAAAGCUUACUCGGAAUAUGGUCUUCGACGUGACUAGACUUUGUAGUUCCAUUCGUCGAGUGUACAACUGGAUAGCUGAGAAUCAGCGACAGAUUUUCCAAGAAAAUGACAAGGGCAUGGUGCUUGCAAUGGCAUGUCUCGUUUAGGAAGUCA